AUGAAUAACAUUCUGAAAGACGUGCUGUACAAAUUCGCCCUAGUAUACUUAGACGAUAUAAUUAUAUUUAGUAAAUCGAUUAAGGAACAUUUAUCGCACCUAGAUAAAGUUUUCGAGCUUCUGGAAAUUGCGGGACUUAAACUAAAAAGAAAGAAGUGUGAAUUUUUUAAAGAAGAAUUGGACUAUCUUGGAUACAUCGUUUCUAGAAAAGGGAUAACACCAAAUUUGAAAAAAUUAAAAGCUAUUAUAGAUUACCCCGCUCCCAAAAAUACAAAAGAAUUGAGUUCAUUCUUAGGUUUGGCUAGUUACUACAGGAAAUUUAUCAGAGCUUUUGCUGAUAAAGCUCAUCCAUUGACUGCACUUACGAAAAAGUCAGCAGAAUGGAAAUGGGGAGAGUCAGAAGGGGACGCCUUUAAUUGUAUAAAGAACUGUCUCAUCACUAGACCUAUCCUGAGUUAUCCGGAUUUUUCGCGCGAUUUUAUCAUCUAUACGGAUGCCUCAGGGUAUGGAAUAGGAGCAGUCUUGGCACAAAUACAAUCUCUACCUCAAUCAGCGGAUUCAGGUGAGACUAACGAACCAGUUCCCAGUGAAUCAGACGACACAGAAGUCGUCAUUGCAUACAGCUCCAAACAUCUGAAUGACCGCGAAGCCAAGUGGUCCACCACAGAGAAGGAAGCUUAUGCGAUCGUUCAUGCAAUCGACGUAUUCCGAACGUACCUAUACGGACGUAAAUUUACAGUAUACACAGACCAUCGACCGUUAGAAUGGUUAAUGAGUAAGACAGAACCAGCAGGUCGACUAGCUAGAUGGGCACUCAAAAUCCAAGAAUAUGACAUCGUAAUUGGAUAUCGACCAGAUGUUACGACACACGUUAACAGUUGCUUAAGAUGUGCAAGGCGUAAAGCCUCCGGCGCAACGAUAGCACCGUUGCAACCUCUGCCACCGGUUGACAGAGUAUGGCAACGCAUUGCAAUGGAUAUAGUAGGACCAAUUCAAGAAAGUGUUAAGGGAUAUAAAUAUAUUCUAGUUCUAUCUGAUUACGCCAGUCGUUUCGUUUUUGCAUUUCCAAUGAAGAACCAAACAGCCCAAACAAUUGCAUCCAUUAUGGUAAAUAAAGUGAUAACGAAAUACGGAGCACCCGAGAUUGUGCUAACCGACCAAGGAACGAAUUUCCUUUCAAGUCUUGUUCAAGAGAUGUGUAAACUCUUUAAAAUCAAGCAGAUGAGAACUACCGCUUACCACCCGCAAACAGACGGACUAGUAGAAAGAUUCAACAGAACCCUGUGCGAUAUGCUAGCUUGCUACGUAGUAGAUGAACCGGAAGAGUGGGACAAAUACCUACCAUUUGUCACCUUAGCGUACAACACAUCGCAACAAGCCACGCUAAAGGACACCCCAUUUUACCUUUUCUUCGGAAGAGAACCAAUUCUACCUAACGACAUAAAAAUAAAUCGGAACUUCGAGCACGACGAAGGCAGUAGUGGAUUAUACUAUCAAAAAUGGAGAAACGCUCAAGACCUGGCAAGAAGUCACCUCUUCAAAGCACAAACUAAACAGAAAGGAUACUACGAUGAAAGAGCAAAAGGAAUUGCAUAUAAAAUUGGUGACUUAGUAAUGCUAAAAGCUCCACCAUCAGCAGAUGGAGAUAAUCCUACUAGUAAUUUGCGUGUUAACUACCCUUGA